UUCCUGUUUACUACUGGCACUGGUUAAAGUUCCUUAGCUAUAUCCAACACGGAUAGAUUUCAUUUCAGCAUUACAAAUCGCUCUUCUGUGUGCCUUUACACACACCCGACAGUUUUGGGGUUGAAAACAACACUGAAUGUUUUGUCUCCAGAUCGAAAUCAAGUUCAUUAUAAAACUCAAGGAUAAAAAGCGUGUGAAGACUUAAAAUCGUGUGGAUUUCCUGUGAUUGGUGACCGGGUUAUUUUGUGGCAUGCGGUGUUUUGAAGUGAGUGCUGGAAAAGAAACGACACACGGAAACGGGAAUUACAAAACUCUUUCUUUUUGCUAAUUUGGAGAAAUAAUAGCGGUGAGAAGUUUUGAAGUUUCUCGCGUGUCUUAUAGUACCGUCGGUAACGGGUUAUUUUGAUCACCAGUACUGUGGAGGGGAAUCAUCCCGCCAGGACCCUGAACUCGGGACGCGUCACCGGCUCCGGCGUCUUAAAGCGGACGGUGAGGAAAAAGCUUGCCCUGAAGGGAUGGUCUGGAGGAUCCUCUAGGACCCAGGGAGCUGCGCUAUUUAAGGAAGGCCGGGUUCGAAUCGAGCAGAAGGCGGGUGACGGCUCGAUAAUGGCUAGCCGGAGCGAGGAGAUUACCGAACUGAUCGAUGUGUUUUCAAAGAGUCAGUACAGAGCAAGGGAGGUCACCCAGUCGGUAGAGAGAAUAGAGGAGCGCUGUUUGGAGCUGUUUGACCGGGACUACAAGUACAGUAUCAUCCACAACACCAAUGGGGACGUGUGUGGUCACUACCCACGGAAGAUUGUGUUUCUGGAAUAUGAAUCUUCAGACAACAAUAAAGAGAGCUUUGAGAGUACUGUGCAGAUCAGUAAGUUGCAGGAUCUGGUGAACCGUAGUAAGAUGGCUCGCUGUAGAGGGAGAUUUGUCUGUCCAGUCAUCCUCUACAAUGGAAAGCAUGUGUGUCGAUCAUCCACUUUAGCAGGUUGGGGCGAACUUUAUGGACGCACUGGAUACAACUACAUUUUUUCAGGGGGUUCAGAUGACACCUUUGGUGAUGCUGAAGAGGUUCCGGAGGCUGACUGUGCAGUUCGGAAUAAUGAUUCACAGUUGUUUGAUAAGGUUAGGGGCUCUGACAUUAAGCUGUUGAAGUACUUGUCUGUAUGCUACAUCUGUGACCUCAUGGUAGAGAAUAAGAAGGUCAAGUUUGGCCUCAAUGUGACUUCCUCAGAAAAGGUGGACAAGGCCCACCGUUAUGCUGACUUUACCCUACUCUCUGUGCCUUAUCCAGGAUGUGAAUUCUUCAGGGAAUAUAAAGACAGAGAUUACACAGCAGAAGGGCUUGUCUUCAACUGGAAUCAGGACUAUGUGGAUGCUCCUUUGACAAUCCCUGAUUUCUUUACAAGAAACCUCAACAUCAACUGGAGUGAAUAUCAGUCAUGGGACCUGGUGCAGCAGACUCAGAACUACCUGAAACUGCUUUUACACAUCAUCAACUCUGAUGAUGAGAACGGUUUACUGGUGCACUGUAUAUCAGGCUGGGACAGGACACCUCUCUUUGUAUCCCUGCUCAGACUUUCGUUGUGGGCGGACCGUGCCAUUCAUGCCAGUCUAGAGCCGUCUGAGAUCCUUUACCUGACUAUCGCAUAUGACUGGUUUCUUUUUGGUCACAUGUUGCCUGAUCGGCUCUCUAAGGGGGAGGAGAUUUUCUUUUUCUGCUUCAAUUUUCUGAAGCAUAUUGUUUGUGACACGUUUUCAGUCAUAAAAAAACAAAGAAGAAAAAAUUCUCAGUUCAAAGAUGCUGACUUCACAGUUGAUGACCUCUGCCAGUUAAAGUCCAGAGAUAGGGGUAGUGUGACGAGUUUGAGCAGUGAUUUUUCUCUCAUCACAGAAGAUACAUCUGCUCCCUCCAGUCUACAUGCAGAAGCCACAGACCUGACUACCAGUGGACUACAGGCUUCUAAUGGGAGGAAAGGCAUGCCGUUGUCUUCUCAUUCUGUGCAUUGGAACCGACCGCUUGCUUCAGAGGAGCGAAUGCCUAAUAUAAUCACUGAGGCCAGUCCUCUGGGGUCUUUUAAGUCCUCAAGCUCCUCCUCAUCCAACCACUCAGAUCAAAAUGUUACACGGACAGGAAGUACCCCAUUAGCUGUACCAGGAAGGAGGCCAAGAGUGGAGUAUGCUCGGUCAGGUUCCUCGCUGUCCACAGAUUAUGGCAGUUGGCAGAUUGUCUCAGGAUGUGGGAGCAUCCAUGAUCUUCCCCCAGUGCCCUCAGAGUCUCCUCUGCCAUUCAGCUUCCAGGAUGAGGGUCCCAACGGACGAAUGUGCACAUUUGUACCUGACAGGCAAGUGAGGUUGGAGGCAGUAAGGGAAUUGUUCCUUGCAGCCUAUAGCUCUACAGUAGGACUCAAGUCAUCGUCUCCAAGCCCCUCCGGUGCCAUCUCAGGCCUGCUGGAGCAGUUUGCCCGUGGGGUCGGCCUUCGUGGCACUAAUGCCAUUAUCUGAUACAUUUCACUCAACUUUUACACACCCUCAGGACUUUUCAGGUCAUCUUUAUUUUCUCCUCUGCAUCUUGAUGUUGCACCAUAUCUACCACAUCAGGAGUACCUAAUUUAUUGGUGAAGCUGUACAGUGUAUUUCAUCCCCUCGUCCGUCUCUCAGCCUCUAGCAGCUCCUCUCUUCUCUUCUCACUCUUAUAGUCUGCUCUCACUUAUUCCAGUGCAAUCCUCUUCCUGCAAAAAAAGAAGAGUGCCAAAUCUAAAUACAGGGCUACAUUAAACUGAUUGUUUUGUCUUUUACUUUAUGAAAAUGUUGUUCUCUACAGACCAAAUAAUACAGUACGUCCAUUUAUUUUCUAAUUUAGAUUUUAAUUUGUGCUGUCUUUCGUCUUUCUUUUACUUUUUUGCAUGUUGCACAUUUGUACUGUAAUAGGGAAGAAUAGAGAGGGGCAGGAAAGGGAAAAUUAUCUCAAUCUCAAAAAUGAAAAAUUCUUAAAAUUAUACUUUUAACAAAAAGGUGAUUAUAAUAGAGGAAAAAUGAUUUAUUCACCCAUGUUAAUGGCUUGUUUUAUUUUAGUUGCUGACUGUCUUACACACUUAAAAGACAUUGCUCUUGAAAUUAUUGUAGUGAUUGACUGCUUUUUAGACCUCCAGGAUUUGAACUAAGCCUAAAGACAGUCAGUUGUUUUGUGGUAGUUUUAGAAAUGGAAACGGCUUGGGCAGUGGUAAUGUAAGACAAUGCCAUUGUUCUUUUAGUUAAAAUUUUUUUGAAUUAUUUAAUGAGUGUGUGUUAUGAAUUUAAUUCACUUUUGUUGUCUCUAGAUUCUUUUUAAACUGCAGUGCUCAAGUACACAAAAUUGUAAAGAUUAAUUUAAUCAGAGCUAAUCUAUACAGAACAGCAGUCCAUGUCCUUCACUCACUUUUUCCUAAGUCAAGUCGUUUUUGUUAUUAGACAAGAGUUUUUUGGUUUUUUUCCUGAAUGAUUUGGGGUAAAUGCCUCAGAAUAACUGAUUUGCCUUAGCAGUAGAUAUUGAUGAAUGGCUAUAAGGUUGCACUUGAAUUCAAGGAUUGAAAACAUGGAAUUUGUAGUAUUUUGGACAUAAAACCAUUGUGGCCUCGUUACCUCAGGGCCUUUUAUUGUGCCUUUUGUUCUUAAGGAGAUACAAUUCUGUUUUCAUGCCCAGCUGUAUUAUUUUGCUUUUAGAUUUAAAACCAUGCCUUGCUAUAUAUCUGUUUCUCUUUUUGUUAGCUUAUGACAGAACCAAUGUCCUUGUGUAUUGUAGCAGCUUCCAGUGUUGGGCAAAAUUCAGACUUAAAUUCAGACUAUACAAACUCCUUGUCAAUUCAUGUGUGAUUUUUGGAAUCAAGCACAACAGUGGCAGAUCUGUUAACAAGUACAUUUAAUUAAUAAUAAUUUUACAAAAGUGGUUCAAAGAUAUAAUUAAAUAUGCUUACAAUACAAUUGCCUAUAACUCAUUUAUACAGUAGGUGGCACUGUUACCA